AUGGAAACCAAAGAAACAUUCAGCAGUCCCGAAGAGGAGGCGACCAUAGGACCGUUUGUACUGACAGGGCUGUCACAAACCGUACCACAGGUCUAUGAAAGAGAACCAUACUGUCGAACAGGAUUGCGGGGACUCGUUCAUGGUCCCUACAUCAUCCUGUGUACAGCAUGCGCCACCCUCGGGGGCUUUCUAUUUGGCUAUGACCAAGGCGUUAUAUCGGUGACAUUGGUGAUGCCCCAAUUCAUCGACGAAUUCCCUCGGGUGGCCUCGACCGCAUCUGGAGCUGGGUUUUGGAAAGGGUUCCUGACGGCGAUGAUCGAACUCGGCGCGUUCCUGGGUGCUUUGAACCAAGGUUGGAUAGCCGACCGGAUCUCAAGACGGUAUUCGAUCGUGCUAGCCGUCUUUAUUUUCACACUUGGGUCGAUACUGCAGACAGCGGCCGCGAACUAUGCGAUGCUGACGAUCGCGAGGUUAAUCGGCGGCGUGGGAAUCGGCAUGCUUAGCAUGGUUGUGCCACUCUACAUUUCAGAAAUCAGCCCUCCUGAGAUUCGGGGUUCAUUGCUAGUGAUGGAGGAGCUAUCAAUCGUCUUUGGCAUUGUCAUUGCCUACUGGAUUACAUACGGGACGAGAGCCAUCUCUGGCCACUGGGCCUGGCGAUUGCCUUUCUUUUUGCAAAUGCUUCCCGCUUUUGUUCUCCUCAUCGGGGUCACGGCCUUGCCGUUUUCACCACGUUGGCUGAUCUCUCAGGACCGACAUGCGGAGGCCCUGGAGAACCUGGCCAAGCUUCGCUCCCUUCCAUGGGCCGACAAGCGAGUCCGCCACGAGUUCUUUGAGAUUUUGGCUGAGUUCCGGUUUGAGCGGGAACUACGCGCAGAGAAGCACCCAAAGCUGCAAGGUGGCGGCCGGUGGAAAGGGAUUCUGCUAGAAGCAGCGUCAUGGGCGGAUUGUUUCAAAAAGGGCCAUAGACGGCGGACGUUGAUUGGGAUUGGGUUGAUGUUCUUUCAGCAGUUCGUCGGCAUCAAUGCCCUCAUCUAUUACUCACCGAGUUUAUUUGCAGGCAUGGGCCUGGACUACGACAUGCAGCUAGCAAUGUCCGGGGUACUCAAUGUUACCCAGCUAGUCGGGGUCUCUACGAGUCUCUGGACUAUGGAUAAGGUUGGACGGCGCGCUCUCCUCAUGUUUGGUUCCACCGUUAUGGCGAUCUCUCACAUUAUUGUUGCUGUUUUGGUGGGACUGUAUGACAAGGACUGGCCUAGCCACCGCGGCCAGGGGUGGACCAGUGCCGCCUUUCUGUUUGUAUACAUGCUCGCAUUUGGGGCAUCAUGGGGCCCUGUAGCCUGGGCUUUGCCUUCCGAGAUCUUCCCAUUCAUGCUGCGUGCCAAGGGAGUUGCACUGGCGACAUGCUCAAAUUGGUUGAAUAACUUUAUCAUCGGUUUGAUUACUCCCCCGCUGGUUCAAAAAACGGGAUUCGGGGCAUAUGUCUUCUUUGCCAUUUUUUGUGUCCUGUCUGGGGUUUGGACGUUCCUGUUUGUGCCGGAAACCAAGGGACGCACGUUAGAUGACAUGGACAGCUUGUUUAAAGACAAUAUGAGUAGCAUUGCACUUGAGCGGAAACGCGCGGUGGAAGCCGAGUUGCGUCAGGAGGAUGCUAUUGGAGAUUGGUAA